UGUUUGUACACUGUGCAAAUCAACUGUCAGUGUUUAGUCCCUUCUCCAGCCACCACCAGCACCACUGGCACCGACAGGAUGGCACAGCAAGAGUGGACAAGUCUCUUCCAAAUGAAAACCAAUAUUUUUAAAGAAGGACACUCCUGGCGUCUGCAGUUUGAUGAAAGUCUUGUUCCUGACUCCCUGGACUCAGGUUGGAAGCAAUACAUCAGGAAUACCUGUGCCAGGUUCAAGUGCAGUAGCUGUGGAAGAGGCUGGCCUUCUAACCGGGUGAUGGUGGUCUUCCACAUGCGCCUGACAGACGAACAGGGCCAUGUCAAAGUGAGGGCCUUCCGCCAGAACUGCAAGAUGUGCAGCGAAGCCACAAUGGAAACGCCCAGCAUCACAACUGAGAACAUCAACAUUCUCCUGGAUAAUCUGGUGGAGAAGAUAAGAAUAAAAUGCUACCACGAAGACCUGGGCAAAACAAGCAAGCCUUUUGUAAGCCUGGACGUCAAAAGUCCCCAUGAGCCUGCUCAUUGUGAGGCCUGUCUUACAGGCAUUUGUACCAGGAAUUGAGUUUGCGUGAGUCAGUGGUCUUUAAAAUAUGAAUGUAUUGGCUACAAAGCAUUAAACAAGCCUUAUUAUCAUCAGAAAUGUGAUGGAUAAAUAAAGUCUAUACAACAAAUAA